AUCAAACUUAGAUUUGGUGAAUCCAGCUAAUCAUUAACUGAAAGAUAGAAAACUUAGCGACAUAAGAGAGAGAGAGCUGCAGAAAGAAAUAAUCUUUUUCCUCGUUUUGAAUCGUUUUCUUCUUGCUAAAGCUGAUCAAAUUUUGGUUUUUGAAGUGGUAUCUUUCCUUUUUUUCUUGUAUCGGGCAUCAAAGAGAAUGGUAAGGCUAAUGAGGAGCUGCAUGCAAUCAAUACUGAAGUUGUUGAAUUCUGUGAUAGGGAUGGUUGGGUUAGGAAUGAUUUUAUAUGCAGUCUGGCUUAUAAGGGUUUGGCAGAGAGAAAUGGGUGACUUUCCCUUUGAGGAUGAUUCUGAUAACCCUGCUCCUUGGUUCAUUUAUACUUUCCUUGGCCUCGGAGUCACAUUGUGUGUGAUUACAUGCGUAGGUCAUGUUGCUGCAGAAACUGCUAAUGGUUGUUGCCUUUAUCUAUAUAUGUUGUUUGUCUUCGUCCUCUUUAUGCUGGAGGCUGGAGUGAGCGCUGAUGUAUUUCUAAACAGGGACUGGGAAAAGGACUUUCCAAAGGAUCCAACAGGGAGCUUUAAUCAGUUCAAAGAUUUCAUCAGGUCAAACUUUGAGAUUUGCAAAUGGAUGGGCUUAUCAAUUGUGUCUGUCCAGGGGUUGUCCUUCCUACUAGCAUUGAUACUCAAAGCUCUUGGGCCACACCAAUAUUGUGACAGUGAUGAUGAAUUUACUCCAGACAGGGUUCCACUCCUAAAUAAUGCUGCUAUUCCUCCUCCUUAUGUUGUCGGUAGCCCUGUUGUGGGAUCUAGAAAUGAUGCAUGGAGUAUAAGGAUUAAUGAAAAGGUGAACCAGUCAAGCAGGUGAUGGGAUUUGCCUGAGGCUGGGUUUGGUUAUAUUAAAGAAUAGGAACUCAAGGGGCAAGAAGCUUAGUACCGGAAGCUGUUAAAAGCUCAGAUGAAUAUCAAACGUCAAAAAGAAGCAUACAGCCCUUUUACUGUUGGGGUAUCUGUCAGCCUGUAUAUGUGUCAUUCCAUUUAAUGGGUACAUGCACAAUUUGUGGAAGCAUCACAUACUUAUUGUUUAUAUUAUGUGAAUGACGAGGUCUUUAUACAUAAAUUGUUGUAUAUCUGCAGUUUGGUAUAAGAUUUGAAAGUUCUGUGAAAUACAAAGAUAAGUUGCAUGAGUUGUAAAUUAAUUUGAAUCAAUCUCUUUCUGCAA